AUGCUUUCAGACAUCGAGGACGCCGAGGAUACCGCUGUUCGUCGUCUUUUGCUCGCUGUCAUGCAAGCCGACAGGCGAGAUGAGCAACAGUUGGUUUCCACCACACCGGCUUUCCGACGCACUUGGUCUACUUGUUCGGUCCCCUACGCAGGAUAUCCAGUCCUUCCGACAACCCUUACGCCUUACUCAGCCUCUCAUCAACGGCCUUCUUAUAAUCAUCAUCAGCAGCAACAGCACUCCCCACAUCAACAUCCGGUUCAUAUUCAGUCACAGCAAAGACAACUAUUGCAACAAGUAAAGCAAACUCAGCAGCGACAGGCUCUCCCUUAUCCAUAUUGUUGUCAGCAGGCCCUAACCGAACCACCUGCUAGUCGGCUCACGCAACUGCUCACCUAUGUCUUGCCAGACACUCAAGAGACCCUAUUACACCUUGCUACUCGGUAA